AUGUCCAGAGUAGGUGUUAUGGUUUUGGGACCUGCAGGUGCAGGUAAAAGUACCUUUUGCAAUUCUAUUGUAUCACAUAUGCAAACUAUCGGUCGUAGAUCACAUAUUGUGAACUUAGAUCCUGCUGCAGAGCCAAACAAAUAUGAAUUUACUAUUGAUAUUAGAGAUUUGAUAUCUUUGGAAGAUGUAAUGGAAGAGAUGUCACUUGGUCCCAAUGGUGCAUUAAUAUAUUGUUUUGAAUAUCUCUUACAAAAUCUGGAUUGGUUGGAUGAAGAAAUUGGAGAUUAUAAUGAUGAAUAUUUGAUCUUUGAUUGUCCAGGCCAGAUCGAAUUGUACACACAUAUCCCAGUUCUACCAAAUAUAGUGCGUCAUUUACAACAACAAUUGAAUUUCAAUCUAUGUGCGACCUACUUAUUAGAAGCGCCAUUUGUAAUAGAUACAUCUAAAUUUUUUAGUGGUGCAUUAUCUGCAAUGUCAGCCAUGAUUUUAUUAGAGCUACCUCAUAUUAAUAUUUUAAGUAAAGUUGAUUUAGUAGCCAAUGAAUAUAGUAAAAGAAAGUUGAAGAGAUUUUUAAACCCAGAUUCGAUGUUAUUAGCAGAUUCUGUUAAUCAAGAAACAAAUGCAAAAUUCCAUAAAUUAAAUCAAUGUAUUGCACAAUUAGUUGACGAUUUUGGCAUGGUACAAUUUUUACCAUUGGAAGCAGAGAAUCCUGAUAGUGUUUCUACAAUUAUAUCGUACAUUGACGAUGUUACACAGUGGGCAGAAGCUCAAGAACCAAAGGAGCCAAAUGAUCAAAUAGAUAUUGAAGAUUUAUGA